AUGACUGAGGAUACUGUAACGUCUACAGCGCAGAAUUCUUCAAAUUCUGAUACUGAUGUUUGCUCGAUCUGCUUGAGCUCAUUAGUGCAGCCAGGCAUGGACGUAUUCAAAACAGCCUGUCAACAUCAAUUCCAUUUUAAUUGUUUAGUUAAAAGUGUUGCAGCACAGAAUCAUGAAUGUCCGCUCUGCCGAACUCGAUUAGAUGCUCUAAGCAGUAUUAUUCGCCCACCCGCCGCAAAUACUAUCCCUCCAGUCCAAGCCCCUGUACAGCCGAUCACUUCAUCGUCAACAAAUUCUGGAAUAUGGUCUACAUUGACAAGAUCAUUCAACAAUGCAUUCAAUUGGAGAACUAGUCGAAAUUCUCCUUCAUCGCAAACACCAACGCGAAAUGUCAAUCAAGUUGAUCAGCUGCUUUCUCUUUCACAUGAAGAUUUGGUAGAUGAAGCAGCUGUUCGUACUGUCACCGAUCGCAUUCAAACUGCUCGCCAAACAGCAAUGAACAGUACCGCUGAACCAACCCUGAUCACUGCUACGACAACACUGGAAUUCGGUGGUCAGGUAUCGGCUGAGGCAUCAAAUAUUUAUGGAAUGGUAACACUUAAAGCACCUUCUCUUCUUCCAGUAACUGCAAGUGAAAAGGACAUGACAGAACUGCGUGUUCCAGUUGAUCUUGUUUGUGUGGUCGACCAAAGUGGCUCGAUGCAAGGUGAAAAAAUGGCACUACUGAAGAAGACUUUAGAUUUUAUUAUUGAUCAAAUGAGUCCACUCGAUCGAUUGGCCAUAGUUUCUUUUGACACGAGUGCAUACAAUCGAUCCAAUGGUCUCAAUUUGAUGACACAAGCAAAACAACAGACACUUCACAAUGCCGUAGCACAGAAUAUUCAUGCAAAUGGCGGUACUUAUAUUGGUUCUGGUCUUGAGAUGGGAAUCGGUAUGUUAAGGAACCGUCGAACGAAGAAUCCAAUUGGUGCUAUACUUCUUCUUACCGAUGGACAAGACAAUCAGCACCAUGAUUAUUCUCAGUUAAUGCAAACUCUUCCCGAUGGCGUUGUUUGUCACACAUUCGGUUACGGCUUAGGCCAUCGAGCAGGAUUGCUCUCUCAAUUAGCAGAACUAGGCCGCGGAGGUACUUUUACUUUUAUCGAUCAACUGGAUGCUAUUGCUGUGGCAUUUGCUACGGCUCUAGGCAGCCUGUUUACUUGUGUUGCACAAAACUUGAGUGUCAAACUUGAUUUCGACGGUGAAUACGCCGUAACACAUUCUCAUUCUAUGUACAAACACGAACCGACGCAGUUACCAUCGUCGCGCGUUGUUUUUCGACUAACUGAUCUAAAUAGUGAAGAAAAGCGCAAUCUUGUUUUUCAACUGAACAUUCCAGCACUUCCUGAAUGCUCGAAUGAGACGAAUGAUACAAUCGGUCGUGUGUCACUCGAAUACACAGAUGCUAUUAGUGGUCGUCAAGUUCAAACAUCAGCUGUUCCAUUCUUGUUGACACGUCCUACUCAGCUAGCUCCUGAUUCGCCACUGUUGAUUGUCAACUAUGCACUAGACUUACAACGUAACCGUGCUGAGACAAGUCGCGUUUUGAAAGCAGCCGUCAAUGAACAAAAUUAUGAACGUGCUCGAGAACUGAUCAAUGCUCAACUAGCAAAGAUUCGAGCGUCUGUUUCAGUUGCAGAUCCACUGUGUCAACAACUAAUUCGUGAUCUUGAAUAUCAAUAUGCUAAUCAGCGUGAAUUCUUCACCACUAUGACUAAUAUGUACAUGCAACAUGGACAAGAGCGAGCUACCUAUUCAACAGGUGCAACUUGCAGUGCUGGUUGGUAUGUGUCAUCAGGCCAAGAACGUUUUCGAUCACUUGCGCUUCAUUAUCAAUAA